UAAAAAUAGAAAGUGAGACCAUCAUACUCAUCUCCUCUCCAUGGAAGACCUUUGGGGAAAUAUAAUAAGCCCGCCUUGUCUUCACAAUCCAAACCCUAGAACUAAAUCACCCAGUUUCCAUGAUUUCUUCAACUCCAAACAUCCCUACUUGGAUGACCCAACUCUCCUCUUGCCGCCCCAUCGCCACCCCUCAAACACCCAAAUGCCCUCGCUUUCCAAGAAACGAGCUUCUUCCCCCGACAGCGCCGGCGAGCGCCGCCGUAAACGGCUGAUCAAGAACCGAGAGUCCGCCGACAGGUCCAGAGCUAGAAGAAUGGCUUACACAAACGAGCUGGAGCAAGAAAUAGAGGACUUGAAGAGGGAAAAUGCUAGCCUGAGAGCACAGCUAAAAGAGGGCAAACCAAGACCACACCAAGAAAAGGCAGGGGGUAUUUCAUCAACAGCCGCUGCCACAAAUCAAAAGCUUCAUUCCACAAAAGGGAACUCGCUCUGCAGAACCUUAACAGCCCCAUUUUGAGUAGAAAUAUCUACUUUUAUUACUUUGUUAUGGCUACUAUUAUAAGUAUAUGCUGCUGGUGCUGGCCCAUCCCUCUUUUUUUAGGUGCAUCCAAAGUUGUCGGUGUCUUUUAUGUACUAGUUGACCUCAUCUUGUAAAUAUUUCUUUUUCAGCUGACAUCAAUUUUAAUCUUAGCAUUUAUGUUUUGCUUUUCC